AUGACUGCUCUGACCGAAGACGACAUUGUGAUCGAGAACCAUUCGACGCCAACAGUCUCCGAAAAUACGGCACUGCGGCUAUUUAAGGGAAAAACUGCCGAGGAGAUGGACGAAGAGCGUCAACAACGCUUUCAGCAAGCAAUGGACGAUACAGAAGAGGAGAUUUCGUGCGACCUUGUGCUGUUUGCCAUGGGGUUCGUCCAUCCGGAGCAGAAGAUCGCAGAGGCUCUUGGGCUGGAGGUGGAUCAGCGCCGCAACAUUUGA